GCUGCACAGGACACUGUUUUCCCCUCAAGCAUGGAGCACAGACGAGCUGACAGCUAACCAUCAUCGUCAACUUAACCAUUUGGCUGUGGAAGCACAGGUGCCAUGGUGACGCAGACUCCCUUGAGCGUCGAGGACCCAGAUGAUGGUUCCCCACUGCUGCCUGAGGCUGCGGAAGCUGCAACACCAACGCCUGUCUUUCACAGACAGCGAGUGAUCACAAAGACUGACUCGAUGGAAUUUUUCCUCACCAGGAGUGAGAACCUUGCCUUCAGUCUGGUGCUGCUGAUCGGAUGCUACUCGGCUAUUCUGAUUCCUGCAUAUCUCCCCUUGGAUAAAGUGGCAACUCUCAGUGAUGACAACCAACUUCCCAAAGAUCUGGUCUUACUAAAUCGGUCGGCCUCCCUUUUGUCAGGCCCCUGUCAGCCUCGCUGGUGUCUGGACCACCUCAAGCCCCUUUCUUGUUCUGCAGGCCUACUAGACAUACCUGUGUUUGUGCAGAAGGACAGGCCUGUGCCCUGGGAUCUGUACCCUCCUCUGGGGCUCCAGGGCAGCGAAGAUCAUCUGGCCCUGGCUCUUGCAGCUCUGCCUCAGCCUGGCUUGCCUCCAUCACUGAGGAGUGAAGGCAGCUGCAGGCGAUGUGUGGUGGUGGGCAAUGGAGGGGUUCUUCAUGGGAGCCAUCUCGGAUCAGAUAUAGAUCAGUAUGACAUAAUUAUCAGGCUAAAUAAUGCUCCAGUGCCUGGCUUUGAAAAAGAUGCUGGUUCCCGCACAACCAUCCGCCUGAUUUAUCCAGAGGCAGCACCUCACACUGCAGACGAGUAUAAAAUGACCACCAUGGUUGCUUUGGUGGUCUUUAAGAGCCUGGACCUGGACUGGCUCACUUCUGUCAUCACGAAACAGCCUCUGAGCUUCUGGUCCAAAAUGUGGUUCUGGAGGGAGGUGGUGGAUGAUAUUCCCCUGACACCAGAGAGCUUCAGGAUCCUCCAUCCGGAGAUUAUUCACAAGACAGGACAAGUUCUACAGAAAUAUGCUCUGAAACAGGGAAACAUGGUGCCAACACUAGGUGCAAGUGCGGUGGUGAUGGCUUUGCAACUUUGUGACCAUGUGAGCCUGGCAGGGUUUGGGUACGACAUGCAGCACCCAGGUGCCAGACUUCACUACUAUGAGACCAUACGCAUGGACGCAAUGAAGGCUCAAGUGGUGCAUGAUGUAAGUGCUGAGAAACUCUUCCUGAGGGACCUGGUGGCUGCAGGAGCUGUGACUGACCUCACAGGAGCUCUGAGUCAGCAGUGCAGAGGCUGA